GCAGAGACAGCUCUCAAACAAGCUCAGUUGGAAACCCAUCUAUGGGUUUGCUCAGUUCACUCAAAGGAGAGCGAUGCACGAUAGGAACAAGAAGGCGAUGGAGUUGAUAGCCAAAGGGUGGAGCGCUCUGAAGGAAGUUGAUAGAGUCAUCGACUAUUGCGAGCUCAACGAUCGCCGACUCAUUCCUCUAUUAAGGGCAGCAAAGGAAAACUUUGAGUUGGCUCUAGAGACUGACAACUCUAAUACCCAUGCCAGGUAUUGGUUGUCCAGAUUGCAUUUGAAAUACCAUGUCCCAGGGGCGUGCAAAGCGAUAGGAGCUGCCCUGUUAGUUGAAGCCGCAAAUAUGGGUGAUGCAGAUGCACAAUAUGAACUCGCUUGUCGUCUUAGAGUAGAGAAUGAGCAUGUGCAAUCGGAUCAGCAAGCUUUCCAUUAUUUGGAGAAGGCAGUUGACCAGUUGCAUCCAGGUGCUCUAUACCUUCUGGGUGCUGUGUAUCUGACUGGAGACUGUGUCAAGAAAGAUGUUGCCUCUGCCUUAUGGUGUUUUCAUAGGGCAUCAGAGAAGGGUCAUGCUGGUGCAGCUAUAGCAUAUGGGUCUCUUCUUCUUCAAGGUGUUCAAGUCCCAGAAUCUGUGACAAAGUCAACUUCAAAAAGGGGUUCUUUAGCCAGAAAGGCAAGAAAAGAUGCAGAAAGCCUUGUAAGAGACCAGGCAGGAAUGGCAAGAGAGCGGUUUCAGAUCGCUGCAAAAGCAGGAUGUGAUCUUGGACUGAAAUGGUUGGAAAGACUUGACGAGGAAGAGAAGCAUCUAUUGACCGGAAAUGAAAUGGUAGAAGAUGCCUAAGGAGGAAAGAAGGUGUGUUAAUCGUUCACUAUACCGACCAGACAAAGUUUGUGGAGUUAUCCUCGCGCGUGUAAUAACUGAUUGGGGAUAACUCGUAUCAUAAACUGAUUUGGGUCCAUGUAUACAUGGUACAAGCCAACAAAAGAAUUCAAAUCCUGCUCUACUGGGCAUCUACUGGGCAUGAAGCUUGCUUGAAUAUCCUCAAAAGUUGUUGUCAUGAUUCAUGAAUAACUGAAAAUGUUAUAGUGCAUUUUGUAUAUAUAUAUAAGUGCAUUUUUGACACUUCGCA